AUGAAUAACCAUGAAGUUUCACAAAAUGAUACUUCAGGACCAAACGAUAGUACGAAUAUUAGAAAAUUUUAUAAAGUACAAACCGCUUGUGCUGAAUUACAAGCAUGUAUGAAGACCAUCUAUGACUAUGGAUUAACAACAGCAGACCUGUGUAAGCUAGCUUCUGAAGGUACACCAGUUUCUACUGCUAUUGCAGAGAGUCCAUCAAUGCUUAUAUCCAGCAAACUGAUAGAGAAGAAAGAUUCCUUUGAUAUCCUUAAUUUAAUGGAAGAUACUAAAUUUAGCGUUGAAAUAAAUCCAGUCGACAAAUUUAUUUAUUAUCCAGUAAUUUCUGAUCCUAAAUUGGAAAAUUUAGCGUUCAUUCAUAGAAGUUAUCCAAAUAUGAACGUCCAACUUACGGAAACUGAAAAGACCAUCAUGUGUAAUGAAAGAUUAGAAUUUUUAGGUGAUAGUUGGUUAGGUGCAUUUGUCGCUCAUAUUAUUUACAAGAAAUACCCUUAUGCUGAUGAAGGUAAACUUUCAUCUAUGAAGGAUUCCAUUGUUAAUAAUAGUAACUUAGCUAGAUUAUCUGAUGUACUGGGGUUCAAAGAGAGAUUAAAGGCUAAUAUUCCAACAAGUAAAAUGAAAAUAAAGGAUAAAGUUUCAAAACAUUACGCCGAUUGUGUUGAAGCUUAUAUUGGUGCUCUUGUUGUUGAUAGAUUUGGAAAUGAAUUAAAAGAAAUCGAGGAUUGGAUUGCUUUCCUAGCAGAAGAACAGUUCAAAGAAUUUGGUUCAGAAAUGAUUAAGAAACCAUUGAAUAGAAAUGCGAAAGGGGAAUUAGCAGAAUUGUUCCAAUUUAAUACGAUUAAUGAGAAAUUGACUUAUGAAAGAUUGAAUACUUCAAUUCCUUUCCAAGUAAGAGCAAUGCUUGGUCCAAAUGUCUUGGCUUAUGGUAAAGGCCACAACAUUAGAGAAGCUGAACAAAGAGCCGCUAUGAUUGUACUUGACAAUCAUGACUUAUUACAGAAAUACUGUCCAUUUGAAUUAGAAAAUAAUUCCUCAAGAGCAAAAAUCUUAGGAGAGGAAUUAUCGAAAACCAACCAGAUCAACAAUGUUUUAAAUACAGAUGACGAGGAAAGCCAUACGAGUAAUUUUAUGUAUAUUAACCAGGAUAUUAAAAGAUCCACCGCUGUACCAAUUGAAGCAAAUGCUGCCCAGCUAACUCAAGGAAUGGUAAAUAUAGAAACCCAAUCCACUGAUAACAACAAUAAUAAUAACUAUGAUAUUAAUAAGUUAACAGAGGAAGUUAUGAAUAAUCUUUCAUCCAAACUCUCUUUAUUGGUUACCGAUGCAGUUUCUCAAGUGAUGAAUAACAAAACAAAGGUUGAAGAUUCAGCUCCAAUUGAAAUCACCAAAUCAACACGACCAUCCCAGUCUACUUCAGCAAACUCAGAUACCACAAAUUCUGUUUCAUAUACGAAAUCGACAACUGGUCAAAAUUUUGAGGCGAAAAUAACCAAUACCGAUGUAAAUAUAUCAAAUGAUGACACUAACUGCACCACGGCUUCAACGAUGCCUGAAACAGUCCAACUUGCUACUUCCAAAUAUGCGAUUAAUGCAACUAAUGAAACACCACUAAAACUAUCUUACAUUAAUACGGAAGCUCCGGUAGUUUCCCAGGUAACGUCACAACAUAUUCAAACGACCAAUGUGACAACUGACAAUGAAUGUGAUAAGGAAGCUACUCAAAGGCUUUACGUAAUUUUAGGUUCUAUCAAGGAGACACCGGAUUAUAGUGUUUACCAAGAUGAAGACACUGGUCUCUUUAAUGCUGUCUGCUUGUUGAAAAGUGACGGUCAAGUUAUCGGUGAAGGUUCAGGCAGAAAUAAAAGAAUUGCAAAGCAUAUCUGUGCUAGUAAUGCGCUAACUGGUCCUGAAUUGCAGGAACUACUAGCAGGAGCUACUAGCUAA